AUGCGAUCCCUUUCCGCGGCGUUAAAGCUGCGACCGCGGAACGUUGUUCGAGGGCUGCGACAUGUUAAUGCAUCGUGGUGUUCUGGCAGGCGAGGGUUCGCAGACGUCGCAGAAGGCACCAGACCAUUUGAUGUCGUCGUUGUAGGAGGCGGCCACGCCGGCGCAGAAGCAUGCGCCGCCGCCGCCCGAGCAGGCGCGCGAACAGCUCUCGUUACCCCCAAGAUUGAGAAUCUCGGCACUUGCUCCUGCAACCCUUCCUUUGGAGGCGUCGGCAAGGGAAUCAUCCUCCGAGAGAUCGAUGCUCUCGAUGGGUUAGCUGGUAGGAUCAUCGACAAAGCCGGCGUGCAGUUUAGAGUCCUAAACCGGGCCAAGGGGUCCGCGGUGUGGGGUCCCCGAGCACAAAUCGACCGUAAACUCUACCAGAAGCACAUGAGGGAAGAGCUAGAAACGUGCCCCAACCUCUCGAUAGUCUUCGGCAGCGUGUCGGACAUUGUUACGAGCGCAAAUCCCGGCACCGCAGGCUCUGCUCAGAGUAAGAUCACGGGAGUGCGCCUCGAAUCCGGCGAAGUUCUUCCGACGAGCGCCGUCAUCAUAACAACCGGCACGUUCCUCAGCGCCGAGAUUCAUAUUGGCUUGAAGGCCUAUCCAGCAGGGCGCAUUGGAGAAGAUGCGUCGUUCGGCCUGAGCAAGUCGCUAAAAGACGCCGGCUUCCGUCUGGGGAGACUCAAAACGGGGACGCCGCCGCGUAUCGCCAAGGACAGCAUAAACUACACGAAUCUCGAGAAGCAGCUUGGCGACGACCCACCGAUGCCUUUCAGCUUUUUGAACGACCGCGUCGCCGUCGAGGAGCAGAUGUCGUGCCAUGUCACUUACACCAACGAGGCGACACACUCGAUUGUGCGGGAUAACCUGGACAAGACCAUUCAUAUUCGAGAAACGAUCAGGGGCCCGAGAUACUGCCCAUCAUUAGAGGCCAAAAUCGUUCGGUUCUCUGACAAGGAUAGGCAUAUCGUUUGGUUGGAGCCCGAGGGGUUCGACAGUGACCUAGUAUACCCCAACGGAUUAUCCAUGACCGUACCGCCUGAGGCGCAGGAACAGAUAUUGCGCUCCAUUCCAGGACUGGAAAACUGCGUCAUGACACAGGCGGGCUACGGCGUUGAGUAUGAUUACAUCGACCCUCGAAGCCUCAAGGCGACACUCGAGACGAAGAAUAUUGCUGGUCUAUUUCUGGCGGGCCAAAUUAAUGGAACUACCGGUUAUGAAGAGGCAGCUGGGCAAGGCAUCGUUGCCGGCAUCAACGCCGGUCGAUCCGCCCUUGGUCUCACCCCGGCCCCGGUGUCCAGAGCCGACGGUUACAUCGGCAUCAUGGUUGACGAUCUCAUCACAAAGGGUGUGACCGAGCCUUACAGAAUGUUCACGACCAGAAGCGAGUACAGGCUGACGUCGCGCGCCGAUAACGCGGACCUCAGGCUGACGGAACAGGGGCGAGAAUGGGGCGUCGUGUCGGACAAGCGGUGGACGGCGUUUAAUGAUGAGAAGCAGCAGAUAAACGAUAUCAUGGCGCUGCUCUCGACGACGAGAAAGAGCGGUUCUGAAUGGAUGAGGCAAGGGUUUAAGGUCAAGGAGGACACAACCCGACGUGACGCGACAGACAUGCUGCGGCUGCGCAACGUGACCAUGGAUCAGGUUGCUGUUGCGGUGCCCGGCAUUGAGGCCUUCCCUGAGCGCAUCAGGUCUCGCGUACAUAUCGAGGCGACAUAUGCGCCUUUCAUUAAGCGCCAGCUCGCCGACCAAAGGAUCUUUGCGAGGGACGAGAGCCUACGGCUGCCGGCCACGCUCGACUAUGACAAGGUCCCGGGACUGGCCAUGGCCGAGAAGGCCGUCUUGAAGACGACAAUGCCCGAGACUCUGGCCCAGGCCAGACGUUUAGAAGGCAUCACGCCGUCCGGUUGUAUUCGUUUGCUUGGCUAUAUUCAACGGGAACAGCGGAGCAAGGCGAUCGCGAGCACGUCCAAGUCAUGGCAGACGAAAAAAGCGACCACUGAAAAGGAUGACGUUGCUUCUCUUACAUGA